AUGACUAACCUCAACCACAAGUGCACGGAGGAGGCGCGGUUCUGGCGUAUGCGCUGCCCACUCAUAUGCAUGUGGCUUGUUGAAUACCACCAGCCGCACAGAGUGAUGAGACAGUUUGGGCUGUAUCAGGAGUGCCCACCUCAGUGGCAAGACACGGACAAGGCGCUUCAUAGGCUUGAUAGGCAGCGGCAGAGGAAGAUCACAAAUUGGCCAGUCCAUCAUAGCGGCCACGUCGCAGCGUUCCAACACUGUUUGGAAGCGACACGGACUGCUGGCCCUGUGGAGAUUGUGCCUCACGACUUGGCCGCUUUCAACAACUACCUCCAGUGGUUCCAUGAAAACACGCGUAUCGACUUAGUGAAGCACGCGUAUGCUGAGGACAUCUUGGACGUCCCCAUCGAGUUCGAUGAGGUUGCGCAAAGCCAGCACGACACCUUUGCUCGCAGAGGGAGAUCGACUUCUAUUGCUUCCGAGCUGAACUUCGUGGUAAUGGAUUCUCUCACUAACUAGUACAUCAUCUAGAUUGCCAUGUGCUCGCUUAAAUUGUGUAUGCUAUAUUUAUCACAGCGGAC